UGCGCUUGCGUAAAACGCACGCCCAGGUGAGCGCACCACCCAAGUUAAGAGAAUUCACUCCCGGUGAACGCACCGCUGAACGGAGAGGAUGCCGCAGCAACCGCGCGGCACUUUGGUGUGAGAGAAUUACAGUGAUUGUGGCUCUACUGAAGCGGCGUGAUGAGGGACCGUCUGAGCCACCUGCAGGCUCUGAGUGAGUCGGAGGAGCACCUGGCGCAGCUGGAGGAGAGCGAGUACGGCGAGGAUGCUGUCUCCGUGGCGACCGUCUCCGUGGCGGACACCUUCACCUCCGUGGACCUGGAGGAGGACUUGGCGCCCCAGGCGGUGGUGUGGGACAACGGGGAGGAGGUGGAGGAGGUGCUGGUGGAGGCGCAGGAGGUGCGGCGGGAGGUGCAGAUGAUGCGUCUGGACGUGCGGCGUCUCCGCGAGCAGAACGCGCGCCUCCUCAGCGAGCCCACGCGCACCACCACCAUCAAGCGCGACUCCAACGCCAUCGCCGGCGACAUCAAGACGCGCGGCCAGGACACGCUGGCCCGCCUGCGCAAGAUGGACGCCCACGCACGCGAGCUGGAGGACGAGCACGGGGUCAACUCGGCCGUGGCCCGCAUCGCCCGCACGCAGUACGCCUGCCUCAGCAACGGCUUCCGCGACGCCAUGGCGGACUACAACGCGGCGGAGAUGAGUCACCGCGACACCUGCAAGGCGCACAUCCAGCGGCAGAUGGAGAUCGUGGGGAGGGACGUGUCCGGCGAGCAGAUCGAGGAGAUGCUGGAGGGCGGCCGCUGGAACGUCUUCGCCGACAACGUGCUGGCCGAGGGCAAGACGGCGCGGUCAGCGCUCGGUCAGAUCGAGCGGCGUCACCAGGAGCUGCUGGAACUGGAGAGCCGCGUGCGCAGCGUCCAUGAGGUCUUCCUGGACGUGGCCAUGCUGGUGGAGGAGCAGGGGCCCAUGCUGGACGCCAUACACACUCAUGUGCAGAAGACAGACGCACAGCUGGGUGAGGCGCUGGUCAGACUCGGCCGGGCCAACAAACACGACAAGAGCAACCCCUUCAAGAAGAUGUUCUGCGGAUGCUUCCCCUGCUACAAGUGACCUCUGACUCCUUCAAGAAGAUGUUCUGCGGAUGCUUCCCCUGCUACAAAUAACCUCUGACCCUCCCUACAAAUGACCUCUGGCCCUCCCUACAAGUUACCUCUGACCCUUUCCUACAAAUGACCUCUGACCCUACCCUACAAAUGACCUCUGACCCUCCCUACAAAUGACCUCUUCCUGCUAGUGUCGCGCUCCUGCUGUGACCUGUGUUGUGUGUAUGUGUGUGUGUCUGUGUGUACGUGUGUGUGUGUACGUGUGUGUGUGCUGUGACCUGUGCUGUAGGUGUGUGUGUGUGUGUGUGUGUGUGUACGUGUACGAGUGUGUGCUGUGACUUGUGUGUGUGUCCACCUACAGGUCAAGGGAGUUUGAUGUGGAAACUGACCAGUAAAAUCACUGACCUCUCAGCACUGAUGAGUCUUACACCCUGUCUGAGUGCCCCUCACACACACACACACACACACACACACACACACACACACACACACACACACACACACACAAAGAACCCCUGCAUCAGGAUGUGCUGCGGCUGCUUCCCCUGCUGGAAGAACGCCACCGGCUAAACACACACACACACACACACACACACAUAUACACACGCACACACACGGGGAACUCCUGCAUCAGGAUGUGCUGCGGCUGCUUCCCCUGCUGGAAGAAUGCCACCGGCUACACACACACACGUAUGAGCACACACACACACACACACACAAACACAUGCGCGUGCGUGAGGCACACAAUAUCCUGCAUGCGUUACUUGAAUUUUAUGUCCUUUACUGAAGGUCUCCUGUAGAGACGUGUGUGUGUGUGCAUCUGUUGUAAACACUUGAAGUAGUCAUUCAUGUUGGGGAAGUGAACUUUGUGAUUGUGUCCUGAAUUAAUAUGUUUGUUGUGAGUCUGUUUAAAUAAUGCGAUUAUGUCUUAAUGUGUGUGUGUGUGUGUUGUGAGUCUGUUUAAAUAAUGUGAUUAUGUCUUAAUGUGUGUGUGUGUGUGUUGUGAGUCUGAGCAGGCUGCUUCACGCAUGUCUGUAAUUCUAUCACCACUGGAGAGGAGAGCUGUGUCUGUCUGUGUCGGUCACUGAACACACCAAAUGAAGGAAGUGUGUGUGUGUGUCUGAACGCCCAGUCAGACUUAGAACUCUGGGGAUGACUAAUAACUUAUAAAUACAUUCAAUGAAAUAUACAUUAGUAAGGAAUGUUAAUGAUUGAUGUUUGUGAUAGCUAUAUUUAAGAUAAAGUGGAAAUAUAUUCUUGCUGUAUAUAAUAGUUUUAUUUUACAUUAAGUGAGAUUGUGAGGCAAUUCAAAUUUCUUGAAAUGUUUGAGAGAUGUGUGUUUUUGUGCUGUUCGUUCAUUUCCAAACAUAUAAUAAAUGGAGAUGGCAAUGUA